UGCAGCAGUACCAGCGACUUCAAAGUAAAACAAUACCGAGUGAUGACAUCUCGUCUGAAGAUGAAUUCGUGUUUACCAAAUUGAUAAAAAUGUAAUAAAGCCACCCGAGGUUUCCAAACUCAAAAGAUGGACACGCCUCUCUGUGGCCAGGACUGUCCUCUGAGAGCUGCCCCUCCUCCUGACAUGUGAAGUUCAGAAACACCUGCAGCCAGGCCGCCCCAGUCCACGUCUGUUUUCUAGCCUUCUCCUAAACCCAGACACAAACAAGUGACAGUGACUCUGGGGAAAAGGGCAAUGCUUAACAGCCUUAGUUGAUUCAUCUGCUCUCACCUGUCAAAGAUGGAUGAAGAAAUGCAUUCUCAAAGAAGUGUGACUGCUGAAGCCAAGCCCGAGGAUGCCAACAAUGAUAUUUCCAAAACAAACCUUACAGAUGGAAGAGAUGACCUAUUUUGUGGACCCCAAAAGCUUGAGAGGAAAAAUGACGGUGUAAUAAUGGAUAACACUCAAGAUGACCCCGCAUCUCAGAACUCCCUGGACUGCGGGGCUGCCAGUGGACUUGAUGAGGCUUGUUUUGUUGGCAGCGGACAUAUCGCGGCUCCGAUGCACUGCUCCACUGUGCAGAAAUCUAAGAGGCCCAGCUCACCUGAUCCACACCCUGUCAAAACAACAUGUGUAGCUGCACACUCUCCCAAUCCCAAACUCACCCUCUGUCUCCAUAGUAGUCCCAAGAAGGCUGUGAGUACUCCCAGCGAUGUGGAGAUGCUGAGUCCGGACAGCCCCCUCUGUAAACCCCUGCCUAACUCUGCAGACAAAGACCAUGAUGGCUGUGCUUUCACAGAGCAAACCAGCCUUCAAGGGGCUCCCCGGGAGUUUGUGAAAGACUCUGAUUCAGGAUGUUUGGUCAAAGACAGAGACAAGCCUGUUGCCGUGGGAACAGAAGAUGCUGAGAAAGCUGAGUGCAGUGGAUCAUCUGAUAUGAGUCAGGACUUCAGCGGAAGCCAGACAGGUUCCACUUUGGGAAGCAUUUCAUUCUCACUGUGUGACAUGGACAGUAAAUGGUUGGGGACGCCUAUUGAUGAGCUGAACAGGAUGCCCCAGUGUGCCCCUCCUCUGUCUCACCUGAAAGUAGUGCCUAACCACACGAUCACAAUCAGGACGGAUCUCCUUAGAGAGGGAGAGCAACCUGUCCCGUACCCCUCGAAGUUCAAGGACGCCUGGGAUGACGUGUCUGUGAAGAUGCCCUGCUCUGAGAAGAAUCUGUUUCCUGUGGAGAGUGAGGAUGGAGGUGGCGUCCAAAGUCGAUGGGAGCUGAUCCACACAGCCUUGGAGGGAGAAUUCAAAAGUUCUCUGGAUGUGAGGGAUGCAAUACUGAGAUACAACACAGCCCAUGCAAAGAAAUGGGACUUCACUGCCCUGAACCUUCUUUGCACAGAGUAUCUUGAGCGUUGUGAGGCACAACACCUGUUUAAGGCCGUUCUCCCAGACAUGGUCACGUUAGCACUCAGUGCUCCUCGCCUCUGCACAAUGCCCAUUCCCCUACUGAAGUCAAGGAUGAACCACUCCCUGACUCUGUCUCAGGAGCAGAUAGCCUGUCUGCUGGCCAAUGCCUUCUUCUGCACAUUCCCUCGACGCAACUCCCGCAAAUCAGAGUACUCCAAUUACCCUGAGAUCAACUUCUACAGAUUAUUUGAAGGUUCUUCACCAAGGAAGAUUGAGAAGUUAAGGACUCUGUUGUGUUACUUCAGGAGAGUCACACGGUCAAGGCCCAGAGGUCUUGUUACUUUCACAAGGCAAAGUUUGAGUAGCUCUCCAAACUGGGAAAGUUCCCAGACUCAGCUGACUCGCCUUCACAUCACUUGUGAGGGGACAAUUGAGGAUGAUGGAUACGGGAUGCUGCAGGUGGACUUUGCUAACAGGCUGGUAGGUGGAGGAGUAACAGGACUUGGGCUGGUCCAGGAGGAGAUCAGAUUUCUCAUCAACCCUGAACUCAUUGUUUCUCGCCUCUUCACUGAAGCUUUGGAGUACAACGAAUGCCUCAUUAUCACAGGUACGGAGCAGUUUAGCAAGUAUUCAGGCUACGCCGAGAGUUACAAAUGGAAGGACAGUCACAAGGAUGAGACUCCUAGGGAUGACUGGCAGAGACGAUGUACGGAAAUUGUAGCUCUGGAUGCUCUUAAGUACCGGCAUUUUCUAGAGCAGUUUCACCCUGAGAAGAUGACCAGAGAACUCAACAAGGCAUACUGUGGAUUCUACCGAAACAACAGCAACAGUCAGCACCUCUCUGCAGUAGCCACUGGCAACUGGGGCUGCGGGGCUUUUGGUGGAGACACACGACUCAAAGCGCUGAUUCAGUUGAUGGCUGCCGCAGAGGCUGGAAGAGACGUGGCCUACUUCACCUUUGGAGAUGCUCAGCUUAUGAGAGAUGUUCAUGAAAUGCACUCUUUCCUCACAGAGAGACAAAUCACUGUGGGGAGACUGUACAGCCUGUUGAACCAGUACUCCAACGUGGUGUGUAAGAACUGCUGUACAUCUCGCCCUGACGUCAGUCUCUACAGUUUCAUCCAUGAGAGGGUCUCUUCCGUCACAACGGCCGAUGUCUCGGACUCCUCCAAGGAUUCUGGGAUGUCCCCUGUAACAUCAGACUGUCAUUAGCAGUGGGGAACAACUUACACUCCCCUCCCCUCCCCUUCCCUGUCAAAAGAGACUCCAGGUUUAAAAAAAAAAAGAAAAAACCUCAGUGUGCUCUGCCUCUCAAUCUCUUGCUCACAAUCACUCCUCUCUCACACACUCCCUUUAAGUUUGUGAUCCAAACACACAAACUACCAAAACACAACUUUGCCUUUCUCGCUGGUGGUACUAUAGGAGCCUUGUAGUGAGUCACCAAAUGUGCUGAGACAUUACAGAGACUUAUAGCAAUAGUAAAUCCUGGUUGCUGUUAGGCCUUUCUUUAGCCUAGAUGUGAUGUGGAUUUUUUUUUUUUUUUUUAAAUGAGUUAAUGUUUAUUAAACCCAGAUAUGGCCAAAUAAUCAUCAUAUGCAUGGUUGUGAGGACUGGACACCUUCAAUAUUGAUAUCAAGGGCAUGAUGAUCCUCCCUGAUUAUCUUGUCUUAAAUUGUGUUUACUUCUUUUCUGCGGGUGAAUUGUCCCCUGUAUUUACGGUACCCAGGCAAUGGUGAGGUUCCUGAAUGCAGAAAGAUUGAGAUGCCAUACUGUAGUCUAUGCAUGGAUAACAUUUAUUUCUCAAAUAUUCUGCACAAUAUAUGCUGCUGUUUUCUAUCCUCUAGGUUUUCAUCACACAUAUUAUUAUCAUGCCCUUAAUGGCUCAUUUUAAUGUGAGUCUAAAAAUUUGAUAAAGGGGUCACUGGUGUGAGAAUCAUUUACGACGUAAAGGACACUCGUGUAAAAUAUGAUUAGCUCCAUUUCAGACUGUUGAUUCUGUUCUGAGCAUCUCCAAAUGAUUUCCUUACUGAAGCACUCACAGUACAGUAUUAAGCACACUACUGCUAUAUGAAAAGAGUGAGAUAUAGAAAGAAUUGUGCACGCAAAAUAUUAUUUUUGGUAAUAUUACUCAAUGUUUGCUUUGGGGGUGUGGUUAUGUUUUUUAUUUACUGUAUUUUUGAUUGACAAUAUGGACACUAUUUAAUGAUGGGGUUGGAAUAAAAAAAAUGGAUUAAAUGCUGUAAAUGUAUUGCAUAGUACUGUAGGUUUUUAGGUUGUACUCUUUUUAUUAUAAUUUCUUAAUUAAAGUGUAUCCUGCCAAAA